AUGAACAACGAAGAAAAGGGAUCGCCGUGUCCGCUGUGCAAGGAACAGCACCCUUUGCAAGCGUGCCCGCGCUUUAAGGGAUGCUCGGUAGAACAGCGCCGAGAACAAGUGCGUAAGCGGAAGGCAUGCUUUAACUGCCUGGGACAGGGUCACACAGCAGGAGCAUGUCCAUCCUCAUUCCGCUGCCGCCAAUGCAACGAGAGGCAUCACACGCUUUUUCAUCUAACGGGGAACAAUACGACGUCACCAGCGGAGACUCCUCGAGCUGCGGCAGAAUCCACUGCACACUCGGAGAGGCCUUCGUUCUCGGAGGAGACUGGACAGGUAGCAGCGCUGUCCAGCUCCACCUCCGGUACAGUUCUCCUCGCGACGGCGCUUGUUCGUCUCAUCGGAGAGUCGGGGAGAGCUCUAACAGUGCGAGCGCUACUGGACUUAGGCUUAGAGGCGUCUUUCGUCUCAGAGCGCGUGGCUCAGCAGCUGAGACUGCCGAGGCGUCGAGUCAACGUCACGGUCUCAGGCCUGCAAGGCGUCACCACCGGCAUGGCGACUCAUGCGGUGACCUUGAUGGUUGGAGCUGACCGAUCGCCAUCUCUGCGGAUAACAAUCCCGAGGGCAUUGGUGCUGUUCAGACUCACCGCGUUGACACCGGGAGGUCGAGUUGCGAGGCAUGAUUGGCCUCAUCUUGAGGGUCUGAAGUUGGCGGACCCUGCGUUCGAUAGGCCUGCAGCGGUCGACGCCGUGCUGGGAGCUGACGUAUACGGCAUGCUACUCAACGGUGACGUGAAGCGCGGCCGCCCAGGACAACCGACCGCUCACUCGACCGUCUUCGGGUGGGUGCUGAUGGGCCCGCUCACCAGGGCAGCAGACUCGAACAGCAUCGCCUCCCAUCACAGUAUACUACAGCCGGACCUGCAAGAGGACCUUCGCCGAUUUUGGGAACUGGAGGGGGUAUCCGCGGAGCCGAUCCAAACUCCUGAGGAAUCGUACUGCGAGCGACUCUUCGCAGAGACACACUUACGCGACGAGGGCGGCCGUUACGUAGUGCGACUUCCUCGAAGAGAGAACCCGCCGACGGGACUUGGAGCCUCUUGUCGGAGGGUCCAACAGAUGCUGCUCAGCACGGAGCGUCGGCUCGAGCGGAUGCCGGCGCUCAAGUCAAAGUACACAGAGUUUAUGUGUUCUUAUUUGUCGCUAGGACACAUGGAGCUGGUGCCCAGCGGGGAGAAGGAAGCCUGUAGCUCUUACUACAUGCUGCAUCACACCGUAGUAAAGCCGACAGAUCCUGAAGGGAAGAUCAGGGUGGUCUUCAACGCCUCGUUCCGGACAACUACAGGCGUUUCUUUGAACGACGUGCUACUCUCAGGUCCAAAAUUGCAGGCAGACCUCUGGCUUGUACUCACCCGUUGGCGCAUGCAUCAGUACGCGUUCACGACGGACAUUGUGAAGAUGUUCCGUCAGAUUCGCGUCUACCGGGACGACACGGAUUUACAGCGAAUCCUAUGGCGGGCGGACCUCGCUGCUGAGAUACAGGAGUUUCGCCUCACCACCGUUACCUACGGUACGGCGUCCGCGCCGUAUUUCGCAAUUCGCACAUUAUUACAGCUGGCGAGGGAUGAGGAAUCCCGCUUCUCUCAAGGGGCGAAAGCUAUCAGAUCCAACACCUAUGUAGACGACAUACUUGCGGGAGCGAGCUCCCUGGAGGACGCCCUCGAGAUCAAGCAUCAGGUGGUGAGUCUUCUCAGGGUGAGCGGCUUCGAGUUAAGCAAAUGGGCCGGAUCACACGCCGCUCUAUGCCCCGAGGGAGACAAGGCUGAGCGGCUCUUUCUAAAGACGGACACCGUCGGCACUCUCGGUGUGUACUGGGCUCCAACCACCGAUCGGCUCACACUGAGAGCAAUUCCGACGCUGCAGUCGAUCGGUAAACAGACCAAACGGACCGUGCUCUCGGAUAUCGCAAGACUAUUCGACCCGGCGGGUUGGGCUGCUCCUGUUCUUAUUGGAGCUAAGGUCUUCUUGCAAGAACUCUGGAUGGCCGGCCUGGAUUGGGAUCAACCGCUCCCGCCGACGCUGCGAAAUCACUACCUGCGACUAGCGUCUGCCCUGCCGGAGUUGGACCGGUUGAGUGUUCCCCGGUGGACGGGAGUCACGGAGGCGGACGGCCGUACGAACCUACAACUGCACGGGUUCUCCGAUGCGUCGGAGAGAGCUUACGCGGCCGCAAUUUAUUUAAGGGGCACUGGAUCAAAUGGCGCUCAUACAACGAGCUUACUCGUCGUCAAGCGAAAGUCGCACCGGUGA